UCGUCCUCAAAUCACCACCUUCCCACUCCUCUUCAGGCCAGUCGGUACUCAUCUGUGCAAAGCGUCACUGACAACUAGAAACACAGCACUACUAUAACCGAGAGGUGCCAAAGGAAAGGGGUCUACUUUUUUCAUUUCUGCUUUAUCUCAUUGUACCAUAGUUUUCAGUUUUAUUCUACCAAUAUUAAUUCCGAGCCUGUUCAGACCUUUUCCAGUUUCAGUUCCCGUUUUGUCUUCCUAUCAUCCUUGACACGCAUCCUAUAAAUCUUACACCAUAUCACCCCGAGUAUGUCUCAUUCUUCUCAGACGUCUCACACAAACCCUCCGAAAGAUCUCCCUGAUCAAGAAGAUAAAGAGGCGGCUGGCUUGUUGAUGCUGUUUUCCACACAAUCCCAUAGACUAAACCCUCAGCAAGCAGAAGCCGAAAAGAACGCGUCUCCCCCAUCAACAUCAACGUCAACAUCAACACCAUCAAAACCGCAGCCCUCAGCUUCAACUCAGCCCGCUUUGGCUUUUGUUCCUGAAGCUACUGCUGCCACUGCUGCCACUGCUGCCACUGCUGCCACUGCUGCCACUACUGCCACGACUGCUUCUACGCAAGCAUCAGAUAAUAACCUUUCAAAUGCGACCGUAUCCUCGUUUCAAAUGCACCGACGCACAACAUCUAUGAGCAAAGACACGCACUCGAACUCAUCGAAAAGUCUGAGAAUGGAUCAGAUGGCAAGAUCCCCAGGUCCUGCUGCUGCUGCUCUUGCGAGUGGUAAUGGUUCCAACAAGGCUAUUGUUGCUGCUGCUGCCUUGGCAGCAGCCGCUGCUACUCCAUUGCCGGUAUUCCGAAAAACUGAGCAAAAUAAUACAGCAGAUUUCAGGUUGCACGAGCCAAUAGCGUUUGCUCAAAACAACAGUCGAGUAGAUGAAUAUUCCCAAGUGGGAAAGAAAGAGAAAAGUAAGAGUGCUAGGGGAGAGCCUCGACAAAGAAAUGCAACAGACUUCAGACACUCCAACUUGAACACUGUCAAAGAUAACAAGACCACUGAUAAUUAUGUUCAGACAGAAGUUAAACAAGAAGAGAGUAUAGACAUUGGAAGUGUGCUUCCAUUGUAUGCAGUGGGACCUGAUGCUGGUAUCAUCAGUUGCAUAUGUGGAUACGAUCAUGAUGAUGGCUUGACCAUUCAAUGUGACAAAUGUUUCAGGUGGCAGCACCUUGUAUGUAUGGGAUUCGAAUCUAUAAAUGAUACCCCAGAUGAUUUCCAAUGCAAUCUGUGCAACAAAAAUCUACAUGUGGAUGCCGCAAGGGCUAGAAAGCUUCAGGAAAAUUAUCUGAAGGAGGAGAAGUCGAAAAGAAAAAGAAGCCCAUAUGCUGUGGAAAGUUCAAAGACCAACUCCAAAAACAUUGGUGCUGCCCAAUUCAAAAAAAGAAAAGUCGAUGAUAACUCCACUGAAGCUGUUGGGGUCAACAAAUAUAAAACGUUGUACUUUCCCAUCGAUUAUUUCGUUUUCCGAAGCUCCUCUAUAAAAUCGUUAUACGACCAGUUACCAGAGCUUUUGAAAAAGAACAAGCAGAUCAUCAGAGUCGAUAAACCAAAUUUCAAUAAAAUGGUUUUAAACCGUGCUACGGUAAAUAUCAAAAGCAGUCCCGAAAAUUCUAAGAUGAAAUUCACAGGUAUAUCCAAGCUCGGCCUAUACUCAACGAAAACCGUCAAAGAGAGCAGCUUCAUAUCCCUUUUCAGUGGAGAGAUUGACACCAAACAGAAUUACAUCUCUGAAAAAAUCAAUAAAUAUUGGUUGUUAGGCUGUCCUAAACCUGGUGUAUUUUUCCAUCCUAGCUUACCGAUUGUCAUUGAUGAGCGUGGAUUGGGGAACCACACGAGGUUUAUCAGAAAGUCGUGCAAACCUAAUUGUGAGAUUCGGACCAUUGUGGUCAGUCGACAAGAAACAACUUUGGGGUUGUUUUCUGUCAAGGAGAUCAAGGCAGAUCAUGAGCUUACGCUGCCUUGGGAGUGGGAAGUUGAUCACCCCAUUCUCAAACUUAUCAACAACACAGAGACCUUUGAAAGCAUGGAUACCGAAAUGCGAAUGGUACUGAUUAAUUCCAUUCAAUGUAUACUAGAUUUGACUGAAUGUGGAUGUUAUGCUUCGUCUUCCGAUUGUGUCAUAAGCAAGGUGAAAAAAAUGUCUGCGUAUCUACAACGGAGUACAAGGAAAAGUAACAUGACACACAUAUCACCCACUCCUCAUCAGAAAUACAUUCCUAUUGACGAAAGGUAUAAAGCACGUGGCGAGUACAUCCUAGACCACAUAACACGCAACGAUACGACUCCAGACGACGAAUCGAUGGCCAAAGAUAGUGAGAAUGUUAUGGCUGGUGAUGGUCAAGACGCCAAAGAUGGUAAUUUCGAGGUCUUGAAAGAUACUUCUUUGAAUAACUCUGAAGGCGUGGUUUCCAGCUUCAGCUUUAAGUCAAAGCCUAAAAACACUGUUUACAAUCUUCAUAUCCUUCCCAAACAAUUUGAGCUUUUAAGAAAGUACCUUCAAAACGGGGACCCAAAAGAAAGUAUUCAAGUUGAAGCUGGAGAUGGAGUGUUGAAGGCCAACAAGACUGACGAUGAGCAAGAGAACGCCAUGCCCAUUCCUGUGGAAGUUCAUGCAAGAGUUUUACAAAGACUCAAUAAUGUUUCUGGCGAACACACAUUUGAAGGGACAAAAGAUAAUGUCUCGGUAGUCGGUGCUGACGUUGAAGACAGGCCCAAAGUUGUGAAAAAAUUCAGCUUGGCCGACUACAAGAAGAAAAAGAUUGGUUAGCAGGAUGGAAUAUAUCGGUUAUGCCAUCCUUAUACACUAUGCAAAUUUAUUGCUGGGCAUUUUGGGUCUAUUCCAUAAAUUUAAUAUUUUUGUAUGUAAUAAUGAUACUUUACUAGGCAUCGCUAUCACUUGACGUUAGUGGAUGAGCAGCAGAAGAAAGCCAAAGAAAUUUUCCACUGAGAAUGCCGGAGCAACAAAAUGGCGAUGCAGUGAAAAUAACUCCGUGCAAAACUUUUGGAGUCGUUUUCUGUCAAAAAGAGAAAAAUUUUAUUUGUAGCAUGCAGGUAGGUAAAUGUAAUCGAACUUUAAUUUGCGAUGGCUA